UGACAUGCGCAGAGGAAACUUCCGCUGUCUCCGGCGAAAGGAAAACAUUUAAAGAUCAAUGUUAUUUGCGGCUUGCCGUUGUUUCCUUCUGAUCUGAAAACAUUUCAUCAAUGGCAGUUGCACGCGCGCAGCUUUUGCCACUCGUGCGCGCAUGCGGUUCAGUACUGUCACGCCCUGCAAAUUUUGUAGCGCCCGUUGCAGUUGAAGGGCAAAGAAAUCUGACAAGCAAUCCAAAAUAUAAAAAGCCCUACCCAUCAUGGAUGCCGUUUAACUUUCUGUCUUCGUUGAUUGAUUUUACAUCAGCGAGACUGAACGACAAUAGUAGAAUAAUUCAAGUUGAUGGUCCACCUUGUGUCGGCAAAUCACUGUUUGUUGACAAACUGGCCGAGCAUUUUAAAUUAAGAUCAUGUCAUGGUUACCAACCUAAAGACUGGUACAUGGAUGGUGAUUUCGACACACGCCAUCUAAAUGACUUCAUUUCAAACCCUAAGUUGAAAAUUCUAGAUGUUGACACUUUCUACCGGGAAGAAACACCAAACCUACACUUCAGUGGAAAGCAACUUCAAGUUUUCCGCCAAAGAUGGUAUCAUUAUGCUGAUGCCCUUAGCCAUUUAUUGUCAACAGGAAUAGGCACAGUUAUGGAGACAAGUGUAUGGAGUGACAUUGUAUAUGCCAGAACACUAGCGGACAUGGGCUAUUUCUCAAAGAAAGGGCUUCAGUACUAUGAAAAAUACAGGGAAAACAGCUGUUUUUACCUGUGGUACCCCAACUUGAUUAUCUACCUGGAUGCCCCGGCUGCCUGGAUUGUUGCUGAGAUGAAAAAGAAAAAUCCAGAGUAUGAGAACAGCCCUGUGUUGAAUGAGGACUACAUCGAGACACUGAAAGGCAAUUACAAGAAACACUUGUUGGAACCAAUGAGGCCAUACUGCGAUGUCCUUGAGUACGAUGUCACCGACAUGGAAGACCUGGACCUGCUGUUUAUGGACCUGGAGCAUAUGGACCUGAUAUCAAGGACGCUGGGUGACUACAAGAAGUUCAAGGACUGGAACAAGACAAAGGAAGAAGAUUGGAGUGUUUACAGGCUCAGACUUGCAAGUGAAGUGAGACGAAAGCAUAUGACAUCAUGGCGUCCACCAUUUGAUGUGGAUGAGAUGUACAUCAAAGAGGAGGAACUUAUUGAGCUCACUGCCCUAAGGGACAUGUUCCCUGAACUGCGUGGAAACCUCAUGUGCAUUGAUAAAACUAUUGACGUCAGCCCUCUCAUCCCUGCCAAGGGAAGCUACCUAGAUCCUGCUGUAAACAAAUGAACUGUUUCUUAAAGUUGUCUCCCUUGCUUGGAGUGUUUGAGGUGAUGCUAUUGAAGAAAGUGUUAAAAACAUUCAAAAAUAAUCCUUUAUUUAAAAUGUUUAAUUUUUGUUUUUAAAUGUGUCAACAUGCUACUAGUUGCUUAUUUUUGGCUGCUUCAAAAAUGCAGAGCAGACGUUGUGUUUCAUAUGUUAAGUAAUAUAUUAAAUUACUUUAGAAAGGGUUA